UUCCUAGUCCGGGAAAGCCAAUUAUCGCGAGAGGACAACAUCCCCGAAUGCAAUGCAGUCCAGUGGCAGGGGCCUAGUGGAAUGUGAAACUACAAGUUGUAUUGCCUCUACUUAUUUUUGACAACACCCUCUACACUAUUUUUGAGACAGCACAACUCCCCCUCAGAACUCUGCUAUGUUUCGACGCAUUCAGGAAGCUCUUUAAAAAUGCCUCCUUAGGCGAUGAGAGGACAUCGGCCAUUUGAGUUUCUGCGCCUGUGGGAUCUUUGACUCGGUGGAUUGGUGGGUGUGUUGGGUCAGGAUGGCGCAAGGGGGAUCUCAGAUGGAUUAUCACAUGCUGCAGGACCUCAAGCAGCGCUUCCCUGAGAUCCCAGAAGGAGUGGUGUCCCAAUACCUUCUGCAGAACAACAAUAAUCUGGAUCUCUGCUGCCACCUUCUGGCCCAGGAGAGUAAUCGAUACCUUUACGGUGAGUUCCAUCAUAGCCCAGAAGAGGUGCGCCUUGGUCGAAAUCACAUGCUGCACAUAAGUCUGGGCUACCCGGGCUCGGAAUCAUGCAAGCCAAAUGGAGGAGCCACUGGGGCGGGGCGAUCCAUCGUUCACAGCACAAGUGACAGUCACAUCGAACCCCAGAGACCCAGCUACCCUGAGCCACUGUCGGCCCCCGCCACCAUGGCCCCUUCCCCAGGUUACAAUCCUUUUUUCAUCACUGACCAGAGCCGUUCAGCUAGCACUCCCACUCCUCCACCCACAGUUCAGGGUAUGUCCCCCACGUUCUCCCCUAUCACGCGCUAUACCAUGAACCCUAUCACAGUUACGCUUUCACAAAGUAUACCCAAUGCGCCAAAAGCUCUGCAGAUACCCCCCGGGCACUAUGCCAACAGCAGCAACACAACUCUUUAUAUUCGACCCUCACCCUCCCAGAGCCCACAGCCUUCACCGUGGUCCUCCUCGGGCACCUCUGUUUAUCACCAUCCGCAGUCUCCAUAUAGUACCCCCACUUACGGCUCGCCUUACAGCUCCCCUCAGCAUCAGCCCCAACCCCAGCAGGCAUCCCAGCAUCAGCAGUAUGUUUUCCUCCCCAUUACAUCUCCAACCCUUCCCAAUCUGCCCUACCAUCACCAGCAACAACCCCAGCAGCAGCCCCCUGUUUACAGGCCCUAUCACCAAAAAAGCUCCCAUAAGAACCAGAUAGAGAUUACUCUGGAGGGCCCAAGGCCUCGGAGCAACUCCCCUGUUCAUACCCCCCAUGGGCAGGCAGCACUUUAUAUGGCUACCAGUCCGUCACCCGGCUCCCCUUCGAGGGGUGUCUCGAUGACCGGACCUACGGGACCAUCACCCUUCCACCCCGGAAUUUACUUGCCUCAGCAGGUCCCCGUAAGACCUCGGCCCACCUCUUCACCUCAGCCGGGCCAGUCGGCCUACACGUUCAAAAUCAAGGUGUCCCCUGGAGGGCAGGCCCAGAGACCACCCAGCUCGCCUCCUGUGGCAGAGGCGGAAUCACUGCUCAACAUCGUCGACCAGGGGGCAAGCAGCGCUGGCCCUCCACCCAUCCUCCCAAUCUCGGCUCUACCAGGGAACGUAGCCAGUCAGUUGCAACAGAUACCCCGACGAUCAAGCUCAGGAUCUGAUGACUAUGCCUACACUCAAGCUCUUCUGCUCCACCAGCGGGCCAGGAUGGAGCGUCUUCUGAAGGAGUUGCUGCUCGAGAGGCAGAAACUGGAGCAGCUCAAGUCUGAUGUCAACAACAUGGAAUACGAUGCGCUUCAGAGACGCUUCCGAAGAGUCAGUUCCACCAACCUUAUUCCGAGACCUGACGAGAUGACUCGAUUGCGAAGUCUUAACAGACAACUUCAGAUUGAUAUCGACUGCACCUUGAAGGAAACAGAUUUGCUGCAGUCCAGAGGGAAGUUCGACCCACAAGCAAUGAACAACUUUUAUGACAACAUUCAGCCUGGGCCAGUGGUGCCGCCCAAGCCAGGAAAGAAAGAAGGGGACCAUUGCCCUAAGCCAGUGCCGGGGCCACAGAGGGACGAGGACUUUGAAGGCGCUCAGUGGAGCUGCGACAGCUGCACCUUCCUCAACCAUCCUGCUCUCAACCGCUGUGAACAAUGCGAGAUGCCGCGCUACACCUGAGCUUAAUGCCACACCGUCAUGCGCCAGUACCUCCUAAGCCCAUCACAUCCCCUACUGGUCUUUGGCUACCGUAAGGUCCAACCCUCUUGAAUCUCCAGGGUUUUUUUUAUUUUUAUUUUUAUUUUUAUUUUUUUGGCCCUACCCAGAGGACCUCACCUCAAUCCUAUUUAAGACCCUUUUACCUGCUGAGGAAGAGCCACAACGCAUCCCCGUCCUUUCAUCCUGCUCUUAUAUCUGCUACUCCUGUGCACUUUGAUUUUAAAAACAGAUUUUCAGGGGGGUUGGUGACUCCAAUGGCAAAUGAAAUAAAAGGAGAUACAAGCUAAGACUGUGACAGUGGCUGUCAUCGGGCAUCCAAAAGGUCAAAGCAAAUUGGGACAGAGAAGAAAUUGUGCUAUACCGGAAAACAUUCCACACAGAAAGAGGAGCUAUUCUGUUUACGUGACCAUAUCCAUUCCUGAACUCUAAAUGCUCUUAAAUCCAGGAAUUGUCUGUUUCUCUCUUUCUGACAUCGGAAUAAUGAAAACAAGGUUAUUAAAGGUCUGAUUAAUGCAAAUGUAGACUUUACACUGUAUUUGGCUCUGUGUUAGAGCUGAAAAAAAGAACACUAAAAACAUGCAUAUGAGUAUAUUACUUGUACUUUUAUGCAUGUCACCCUGUGUUACGUGCUAAAAAGAUAAUUUCCUGUGUGGAUGCCUCAACUUGCUGUACUUAAUAAAGGAGCGAAUGCUAUGUGACUUGA